GAGCGGCCCCGGCGGAGCGGAGGCUGCAGCCGGGACCUCGGGGGGGCCACCAUGUCCCAGCCCAUCUCCUGCCCCAAGGAGCAGGGGGAUGGAGGGGAGAGUCCCCCCAAGCCACCGCCGUUGGGAUCCCCGCUUAUAUUCCCUCGGGAGACGCUGUUCCGGCAGGCGAGUGGGGUCACCUACCGCAUCCCGGCGCUGCUCUACAUCCCAUCGGCUGCCACAUUCCUGGCCUUCGCCGAGAAGCGUUCCUCAGCCAGGGAUGAGGAUGCCAAGUACCUGGUGCUGCGGCGGGGCCAGCGGCACGGCCCCUCGGUGCAGUGGGGCCCGGUGGAGGACCUGUCAGCGCUGACACUUCCCGGCCGCCGCACCAUGAACCCGUGUCCCCUUUACGACUCGACAACUGGCACCAUCUUCCUGUUCUGCAUCUGCGUGGAGCAGGGCAGGUCGGAGCGGUGCCAGCUCUGGAGCGGCUGCAGCGCCGCGCGCCUCUGCUUCGCCACCAGCACCGACGGCGGCCGCGGAUGGACCCCGCUGCGGGACGUGACGGACGAAGCCAUCGGUGCCGACCUGUCCCGUUGGGCCACCUUCGCCGUGGGGCCGGGCCAUGGGAUACAGCUGGACUCGGGGCGCUUGGUGGUGCCGGCAUACACCUACUACAUCCAUAGGCGCUUGUGCGGGGUCCUGCCGCUUCCCUGCUCCACGCGGCAGCAUUCGCUUGUGUUCUACAGCGAUGACAACGGGCGCCGCUGGCACAAGGGUGCUCUGGUUGGCGGCCAGCGGACGGGCGAGUGCCAAGUAGCCGAAAUCAAUGGGAAUGAUCCCGACGUUCCCAUGCUCUAUUGCAGCGCGCGGGCGCCGCGGGGCUGCCGGGCCGUGGCGCUCAGCACCGACCUGGGGCUGCGCUUCCAGCCGCCGGCACGGUGCCGGGUGCUGGGUGAGCCCCCGCGGGGGUGCCAGGGCAGCGUGGUGAGCUUCCCGGCGCCGCGCGGCUCCGGCACGGCACCAACGUGGUUACUGUACUCCCAUCCCAUCGACCGGCACCGCCGGCGCGAUCUGGGUGUCUACGUGAACCCCUCGCCGCUGGAUGAGGAGGGGUGGCGGCACCCAUGGGUGCUGCAUGAGGGGCCGGCUGGUUACUCGGACCUGGCUGUGUGUGCCGGGGGGGUUUUUGGGUGCUUGUUUGAGUGUGGCACCAACAGCGCCUGUGAGGAAAUCGCCUUCUGCCUCUUCACCCUGGACACCUCCAACUGCGGCGAGCAGAGCAUCAACGCUUCCUAAAUGGACCUGUUUUAGAGGGGGGAUCAUUCCCAAGCACUGGAUCCGGGAGCGUGGCAAUGCCGGGUCCUCACCGGGACACUUUGGAUGCGCAGCAUCACAUAGCUUUUAUUUCAUUAAUAAUGAACGUAUGGCUUCUUAAUCAGCCAUCAGAUAGGUGGUGGUGGGGAGCUGGGGGGGUGGAGGAGCUGCCAAGGGGAUGCCUGGCUCCGGGAAUGCUGCUGCUGCACCAAGAAUCAGGAGUUUUCACUUGGGAGCAGCAAAAAGGCUGAAGGUGCCACCAAGAACAGGUGAUUCCCUGGGGGAAAAUACCCCCAAAUGGUGGUUUAGUUGGAAAAAGCUCAAUUCCCGUGUCCUUCCCACGUGGCAGAGGGAGAAUUCCCAGGUUUUAACAUUUUUAAUCCUGUUUAUUCGCUUUCCUUGUUCAGGCUGAGCUUCGUCCUGUAUUCCCAUGGGAAAAGCACUCAGAUCUCAGUGGGGCGGUUUAUUCUGCUCCAUAGGGACAGUUUGUGGCAUCCCAAUGGUGACAGUGACCUCAUGCCUCUGUGUUGCUGCCAAAUAAAAUCCUUCCCAAAGGGGUGAAUCCAGCCAA